AUGUCAUUCAGCAAGACAUCAAAUACGGCAGUAGACGCUGAUCAUGAGACAAGAAGACGUGUGCUUGAUUGGUUCAGAUAUCGUCAUGCAGCGCCCUCUGGACCAUGGCCUUGGUUGGAUUUCAACGUCGACCUUGCAUUAUCUGAGCCGCCAUUUCGAAAGGGUGAACAUGAAUGGCGCGGAUACCCACAAGAACUUUUCGGCAACUGGAGUCCAAAUCCAGUGAAACGAAGCAAGAUGUUAACGCAAUGUGCACUCAAUAAUGAGACAUGCGUCGUGUAUGGCAUUGACUUGACAGGCGACGGUGAAUUCAAAACACGCGAGAAACAGCAGGAUCGGAAGAACAUCCGCGUUCGAGCAUUAUUCGUGGAUAACUUGUCGGAACCCGUUUUGAAGAUGUUGGGAACAAAGUAUAUCGUCGAGCCUUUCUUCUUCUCAUCCUCUACAAACUGGAUCCCUUCGCGAUACCGGGAAGACGUUCGACAUGGGUCUGGGGAUCAUAUCACAGUUAUCCUUCCUUUUAUUCGAACCACGGAGAAAAGGCCUUCUAGCUUACCAAAACAGAAAAGAAGGAGGGAUACCAUAGAUGUCAUGUCACCCCUUCACCUACACGACGGCGAACAUGUUCAAAUCCUUCUCAUCGACCUUCUGGCGAUUCAUAUGAUCCGUGACAAGAAAUCCUCCACAAUCAUAUCGUAUCAUCCUACGCUGCCUGAUCGCACUACCGCCGAGCGCUUGUAUCAAGUUAUGGAGCGCGCAGGUGGAAGUGUUUACUGGAGUAAAAUAUUCAAGGCAUCCGAAGAUCCAACCUUUUUCUUUUUGGCAAUCUUGUGGUACGCGCUAUAUGCGUGGGAUGAAACAUUUGAAGUGCUAUAUAACCACAUCAAAGAGUUGGAGGUCAUAUUGAAUGACUACAACUUCAAAGCUAUGGACGAACUCAACUAUGACCUCCAUAGCCUUCUGGCGCACCUCCUCCAGUACCAAACUCUCCUUCAUGAUUUCGAGAUAUCGGUCAAAUUUGUCGAGGAGACGCCGAACCCUGCGAUGGAACAUUCAGACAAUAUGCGCACCACAAAAGAAUUGAUGGAGCGAGAAUGCAAGAACCUUCUUGCCGAAAUCGACAGGUUGCACAGGAGAUGUGGGAUGUUCAUCAGUCGAUUAAAGAAUGCCACAGAUUUGGCAUUUGCGACUGUAAACAUCCAGGAUAGCCGUCAAACAUCCACGUUAACGAGGGCAACACUUCGAGACUCUGCAGCGAUGAAACAGAUAUCAUACCUGACCAUGAUCUUCUUGCCCGCCAGUUUCACUGCGUCGGUCUUUGGAAUGAACGUGCGCGAAAUUAAUCCUGGUUCUCUAGAGUCGAUCAAACGCUACGUUUGGGUGUCUUUCUUACUGACUCUUGUCACGACAUGGGUCGUUGUCGCUGUACAACCAUACACUAAAAUACACGAGGAUGGAGCUGGCGUUUGGCGGAGGGCUGCUUGGCCUGUAUUUUUCCUCUCUCGUAUCAUUAUUGAGUACUUCAAGUCUUUCUCGAUCAAGGGCAAGAAGACCUCGCCACAGGAAGAUGACAUCCCCUUGGGUUCAUAUCACAACAGCAGAACUCGUCUUUCUUCUUCGUUGAAGUUAGGGGACGUUGUUCUUGAACGGGUUACAAUUGGCGGUUGAUCGUCUAUGUAGUGACUCGUGAGUGUUUCCGGGUACACACUUCAGAAUGCGAGGGACCCGAGUUGACCAUUGCAAUCCACUUAACAAUUACAUAGCAGGUAGAACACAUUGCACGAAAUCUGUACAUACAUCACAAAGAUCCUGAUAUCAUUCAUGUGCCCCGACAUUUCAUUCUACAUGACCCUU